AGCCUUCUCUGAAACUCAGCUUCUGCUCUGUGACGGAAAGAAAAUAUUUCUCUGAAUUUUCACAUUCCAGCAUCGAAACCGCACAUUUACAUUCAUAAAAUCCCUCAAUAUGUGUCUAUAUAGUUAUAUAUAUACGUAAACGAAAACAUUCCCAAUGCCCUGCAGACCUUGGGAGAAUGGCCUGCAGUUGUGAAAAUGAAGAGGUGGGAGACAGGCAGGGCUCUGGGGCUCUCACCUCUCAUCCCACCACUUCCAGGAUGCUGGAGCCCAGGAGUUCAAGGGUGCAGUGAGCUAUGAUUGUGCCACUGUACUCCAGCCUGGGCCUCAGAGUGAGACCCUGUGUACUGGAAAAGAUGGAGAGAGCUGAGCCUCCUGCUUUGCCUCCCCUCGGCUGGCCCACCCCAAGCCGGGCCAAAUAACUUCUCUUCAUGCACCAAAAUCCAUGGGCAUCCCUGGGACAUGGCCAGACAAGGAGGGCCAUGCAGGAAGGGGGGCGGCCCAGCUUCCCACCCCAGACAUUGCCCUGGUGGUGGGGAUGGAACGUUGGCCCUUUGCUGGCUUCUUCUCCCUUAGGGCUGCAUCUGAGUGAGUUCAUGCGGGUAAAUAAGCUGAAGAGUGUGCCUACCCUUAAGGAUGCGGACUUCGUCUUAACAGAGAGCUCAGCCAUCCUGAUUUACCUGAGCUGUAAAUACCAGAUAGCAGACCACUGGUACCCACGUGACCUGCAGGCCCGGGCCCGCAUCCAUGAGUAUCUGGGCUGGCAUGCCGACCACAUCCAUGGCACGUUUGGUGUCCCCCUGUGGACCCGGGUGCUGGCACCGCUCAUUGGGAUACAGGUGCCUGAGGAGAAGGUGGAGCGCAAUAGGACUGCCAUGGACCGGGCGCUGAAACGGCUGGAGGACAAGUUCUUGGGAGACAGGGCCUUCCUUUCUGGCCAGCAGGUGACACUGGCUGACCUCAUGGCACUGGAGGAGCUGAUACAGCCCGUGGCUGUCGGCCAUGACCUGUUUGAGGGACGGCAGCGACUGGCAGCGUGGCGUGGCCGAGUGGAGGCUUUCCUGGGUGCGGAGCUGUGCCAAGAGGCUCACGGCCCCAUCUUUUCCAUCCUGGAACAGGUGGCCAAGAAAACAUUCCCUGUACCACCACCAGAGGCUUAUCCAACUAUUCUGAGUCACAUUGCCAGGAUCCCCUGAGGAGUCUGUAACGGGGGCCAGGAGAUUAGUCAGAAGAGAUUCACUCUGCUUCUUGUUACCGCCUUUUCUUCUUUUCCAUCUUGCCCCUGUCCCUUGUCUCCAGUUUCAGGACACCCAGUGUCCUUGGCGGUGCAAUCCUUGGUGCAGCGUAGAUAACCAACAGGAGAUUGAAAUCCACAAUAUAGAAAGAGCUCCUAAACAAGGGCGUGAAGAAAAAGAAAGCGAUUAAAAAUCGGCAAACUUCAUCCGUGUUUUGACUGUAGAAAAGAUUAUGAACGUUUGAAUAGUUAACCGAGUGUUGCUGUUUCUAUUACGUUGUUGUAGUAUACGUGUGCCUGUAAGUCCCAUCAUGGUUGUUUGUUUUUUUUUCUUUCUGAGACACAGUCUUGCUAUGUCACCCUCAGUAGAGUGCCAUGGCGUCACAGCUCACAGCAAUCUCCAGCUCUUUGGGCUUAGGCGAUUCUCUUGCCUCGGUCUACCAAGCAGGCACCUGCCACUAUGCCCGGCUUUGGCCGGGGCCAGUCCGAACCCCCCUGUUGCAUGACGGGAGACUCGAGAGAACAGCAGCUUUGCCGUGUAUUAUUAAGAGUAAACAAGAAAGAGAGUACACCACUUGGGAUAGCGUGUAGCCAAGUAUCUUUAUCCUUGACCAGCUCAUAUACACUGGUGGUCCCGUACACACUCGAUCUAUGAUCUCUAACUCUUU